CACGUGUUCUCGCGCAAAUGGACUGAAGAAGUAGCUCCAUGGCGGAAGAAGACACAGCAGUCACCCUGCAACAUGAAUACGCGACAUUGAUCCACAGUGAGUGAACCGCACAACAUUAGAAGACAAUUGGAGAACGAGGUAAUACUUGACAACUGUUAAAGUGGUAAUGACACCGAUUUUUAUUUUAUAAACCCAACGGCAUUGUUCCCACGACGUGGGGCCCAAAAUAAAGCUGCCGAGAGGACUGUAAACAGCUGCCUCGGUCAACGCCAGACACAUUUGAUAUCUCACAGCUUAAUGUUGACAAGGUAUUUCCACACCAAGUGCAGCACGAGGCAUUUACUGCAAGGCAAUUUAUGAAUUGGAAAAAAGGCUUGCAUAAGGUUGCGGACGAACUUUUAAUGUAAUGUUAGCUUUUUGCAAUUAGCUUGCAGCGUGUAACCUCCAGGCGCGUGUCUGAAUGCCUGGUGAACGAGAACACGGGGGAAAUAAGUGUGUUUAAACGUCGAUAAGUAAAUGUGGUGUGUCACGAAUAUCCCAGUGGACCCUGAAGGUUUAAGAAUGUCUUAUUGUUGGCCUGUGCUCUGACGUUUUAGGAAGGGCCCAACUUUAAUUGGACGAUGUUUCAAUGUGGGCGGGCCUUAUGUCACAACUGUAUGAACUGGCUGCUGAUGAUGCAGGGAUGAAAUUGAACUCAACAUCCAUUUGGAUAGGAUCUAGGAUAUGUCUGCAGGUUGUGUGAGGUGGAUGCUGAGCCAUUCAGUGAGAGCUGUGUGUGGUGGCAGCCGAGGCUACUGGACAGCAGCAUCAAGAUGUACCACGCCCGGUGAGAGCUCAAACGUCAUUGCUUCCUCCUGGAGAUGGUCUCCAUUCUCCACAGCUGUAGACGAUGCAGAACAGACUCUCGCACCAAAGAAGAAAAACAAGCACGAUCCCAAAGCUCAUGCCACAAUCGGCGCUGUUGGCCGUAAGAUCCCACACCGUGAGAUACAAGUGAUAAGUGAGACAGGCGAGAACCUGGGCACCAUGCACCGUGCAGAUGUGAUCAAAAUCCUGGACGAGCGAGGCCUCAAGUUGGUGCUGCUCAGUGAAAGCAAAGAUCCCCCCGUCUACCGGCUGAUGAGCGGCAAACAGAUCCACGAAGAGCAGCUGAAACUGCGGGAGAAGCAGAAAGCAAAAGCAGCCCCCGUGCUGGUGAAAGAGCUCACCUUCUCAUCCGGCAUCGCAGCUCACGACCUGUCCACCAAGAUGAAACAAGUGGAGAGUUGGCUGGAGAAGAAGAACCACGUUAGGAUUACUCUGCGAUCGGGGCGCCGGGGAUCUGCAGUCGACCUGGACGCAACUCUGGAGCAGAUGGUGCAACAAAUGGAGGUGAUGGUCGGAUUUGUUUCCAAGCCAAAAGUCAUACGUGACGGUCAAGCAGCCAUGUGCAUCCUCCGGCCACUUUCAGCAAAGGAGCUGUCACAAAAGCUGAAGAAUCAGGAUGCAGCUCCGCAGUCUGACGACUCAACUUCAAGUGCCACUGAGAGCGAAACGCCCGCCCCUCCUGUUAGCAAACCAGACACAACAGAAGGGUCUAUACAGCAGUGAUCUGAUGGAAAUAAAAACAUUCUCAUGAAAACAAAUUGAAAUCUGCUGUGUAUAGUGUUAGGAAUCCAAUGAAGCUCGGUGUAUAAUAAUGACACAACCAGCCAAAGGGAAUAACCAUCAGACAGUGUAAUAGGUAGCCGAGCGACGCUGGUACCAACAUGUUGUGCAAGAGCAGAGUGAAGUUUUAAUGUAUAUGUUUAUAUACUGCAUUCACUUCUAAUACAUUUACUCUAACUGGGCAGCUAGUUGUAUAGUUGGCUUUUACUCUCAUUACCACAGGCUAUAGUGACCUAAAUGCACUUUAUUUUGAUAAGUGCAGGUUGCCAUUUGCAAGAUUUGAAAUGUACUACUGGGGGGGGGAUCUCCACUAAAAGGAAGCAGUAGGUUUCUCUCAUCAUUCUGCUUUUUCCUUUUAAAAGGUGCAGUGUGUAGGAUUUGGCGCCAUCUAGCAGUGAGGUUGCCGAUUGCAACCAACUGUAACUUGUCCCAUGUGCAGAGGGUGAAGGAGAACUACAGAGGCCGACGCGAAACCUGCCAAAGCCCUAUCUCGAGCCAGUGUUUGGUUUGUCCAUUCUGGGCUACUGUAGAAACAUUAAUUCUAAGGUGACGAUCCCCCUAAAUGCUAAACACUGGCCCUUUAACUUUUCCGGUCUGUUAAUGUGACAUGAAUGGACCAGAUGGUUGUGAUUAGACGGGUCUUGGAGUCUUCACAUGUGACAUUGAGACCAGACUUUUGUACCCAAAAUGUGAUGAAUCGAUUGUGUUGACUUACUUGUGACCAUUUCAGCCGAGUUGAUGAUGAUGAUGAUGAUGAUUUUACAAUAGUAUGUCAAAAGUGGGGAAAAAAAGGUUUUUAUAUAUGGGAUAAAGAUAUCAAACCAACACAAA